UUAACGGGUAAACAUUAAUUUUGUAGCAAAUGGGUACCUUAGAAGCUUUCUUCUUCCUCUCCUUCUACUCCCUCUCCACCGCAAACGCCGGUCAGCCCACCUGCUCCACCACGUCCUGCCAUAAAACCGGACUGCCGGUCCGGUUCCCAUUCCACCUCAAAAAAACCUCCCGGCCUGACCGCUGUGGCUACCCCGGCUUCGCCCUCUCCUGCAAUGACCGGAGCCAGACCGUCCUCACCCUCCCUGCCUCCGGCGACUUCGCCGUCAAGCGCAUCCACUACGCCUCCCAGACAAUCCGGAUUGCCGACACAGACUCCUGCCUCCCGGCCCGGAUCCUCCGACUCAGCCUCUCCGGUUCGCCCUUCAAGCCCGUCUACACCAUGAACUACACUUUCCUGAACUGUUCCAGCGGCGCCGUUUUGAACUCUUGGCUGAGCUGGCUCGUGCCGGUUCCGUGCCUGAGCAGGCCCAACCACACGGUCCUGGUGGCGCCGUACAAGCCCGUGGGUAAUUCGGGUCUGGAGGGAUGUCGCCGGGUGGCCACGGUUCCGGUUCCGGUUCAGCGGGCGGUCUACGAAUACGGGCGCCCGUCUGAAAUUGCGAGUGCAGAUCUUCAGCUCAGGUGGGAUGAACCCGAUUGCAGAGCGUGCGAAGAGAAGCGUGCCAUUUGCGGGUUCAAAAGCAAUUCGAGUCUUGAAAUUGGGUGCUCGGGUGCUCCACACUCCGGCCUCCCAAGGAGUGCAAAAUAUGGCAUAAUCAUAGGUGUGGGGAUUCCUGGGCUGGUCUGCCUAAUUGGGCUUGCAUGCUACUCAUGCAGCAAACUUCGGGCCUUCGGCCGGCCCAAUCACCACCUCGACCCCGAGCUAUCCCCUGCCCUCGCCACACCACCACCCGCCACCGUCGCCCGUGGCCUCGAUGGCCCUACCAUCGACUCCUUCCCGAAGAUGGUGCUCGGCGACAGCCGGAGAAUGCCCGAGCGGACGAGCGACGGUGGCGCGUGCCCCAUAUGCUUGUCCGAGUACCAGCCCAAAGAGACCCUCAGGACCAUACCGGAGUGCAACCACUACUUCCAUGCCAAUUGCAUAGAUGAGUGGCUCAAGAUGAACGCCACCUGCCCUCUUUGCCGGAACACGCCGGAGGGCUCCUCCAGAGUCACCUCUUGCUCCUCGUCGGCAUCACCAUCAUCGUCGUUGUCGCCGUCAUCGUCGCCAUGAUCACUGGUUGCAAGUACAUAGAGAAAUGUAGUUUUGUAUAUGUAUGAUGAUCAGUUAAAGUACGUGACUACUUUGAGUAAUGUUAAAAUACUAAAAUUUGUGUGGUA